CUAAUUUAGAGUAAUUAACAGACAUGUGGACUAACAUAGGAUGAGUCAUAGGAUGAGUCAUGUUACUGAAGAAGAAUACUAUGCAAUUAAAAAAGAACUUGAGUUAGAGAAAGAGGAACACUUAGCAACAAAGGCAAAGUUAGCUGUUGUGUCAGAAAAACUGGAAUUUGCUCUUGGAGAAGUGGGAAUUUUGAACAGACAACUUCAAAAGGAAAAAGAAGCGUUUCAGGAGGCGUUUGGACAUUUGAAAGAUACAGCAUUUCAACAGAAGUAUCACGCUUUGCAAUUAAAAGAAAAGUAUUCUGAAAUCGAAAAAGUUUGUAAUCGUCAAGAUGACGUCAUUUUAGCCAAAGAUAUCGCCAUCAAAAACCUAAAAGGCCGGUUAAACGAGCAAAAGAAGACAUAUCGUCGCCAGCUAGAUGAUAAAGAGAUACAUUUGCAACAAGAAAGAUAUUUAGCACAAAAUUGCUUAAGUACAAAUAAUCCUUUACGAAAACAAUACAGAAAGUGAUAUAAUUUAAACUUGAAUUUAUUGUAAAUAUCUAUGAUAGGGAAAGAAACUGUGUAUUAUAUAUGUUAAGUGACCGGAAUUUUUAUGAAAUGUUAGAAAUUUGAAGCCGAGUA